AACAAAAGUAGGUCAGUUGUUCGAUACCAUGUAUCAAAAACCCGAGAAAAAGCCAAUUAACCAAAUCCGACAAACUUUGCAGGUUUUGAACAUAACCAAACUUACGCUUAUUUGAUGUCAUAUAAUGACUCUUGUUGAUUGUGACUCCGUCGUCUAGCAUAUUAAAAGUUCUUGAUCCACCAGGCUCAGCCUAUGUGUGUGCCUCCAGCUUCUACAAUCUAUAAGAAAGAAUAUCCAAAGUACUAAGUGAGUCUAAGUGACGUUCGCCCGAGGAUACAGGUCAAACUGUGGACGGCGAGCCAACUCCUAAUCUAUCGAUCUGCAGCGAGCCAACUCCUAAUCCUAAUCCUAAUCCUAACGACGUAGAACUGCGGCCCCUCCAAAAAAAAUUCCGAAAAACAGAUGACGGUUUCCUUCUUUUUGGAACAUUUCUUUGGUAGUUGUAGUUUCAGUAGUGGAGAUCCAACACCUGUGAAGAUAGUUGAUGGAAAUCAUUAUAUAGGUGGUGCUGAGCGAGCUGGUGCUGGAGAAUAUCUUCAGCAAGAUAAUCAUUAUAUAGGUGGUGCUGAGCAAGCUGGUGCUGGAGAAUAUCAGCAAGGUAAUUUAGUAGGUACUACUACUUAUAGCACGAGAACGGCAACAGCGAACGACUUUGCUUAUGCCAACAGCCCUUUUGUUCCUGCUCUUCCGAUAGACCCCAAUUGUCCGUCAGCAAAUAAGUUACGAGAAAAACAAAUUGCUGAGGGCAGACUUCAGCUGCCGUAUUUUUUUCCCUACCUUGGUAAGGUGCUCGUCGAUUUUUUGCUCGUGGUACUGAUCGUACUUUUUGUUUUGGCACUAGUGUUUUUCUCUUUUGUAUCUUGCCUAGGGCAGACUUCAGCUGCCGUAUUUUUUUCCCUACCUUGGUAAGGUGCUCGUCGAUUUUUUGCUCGUGGUACUGAUCGUACUUUUUGUUUUGGCACUAGUGUUUUUCUCUUUUGUAUCUUGCCUAGGGCAGACUUCAGCUGCCGUAUUUUUUUCCCUAGCUUGGUAAGGUGCUCGUCGAUUUUUUGCUCGUGGUACUGAUCGUACUUUUUGUUUUGGCACUAGUGUUUUUCUCUUUUGUAUCUUGCCUUCCUGGGUUUAGAGGUCCAACACAUUAA